AUGCUGUCCCAGCGUAAACACCGUGCAAAGCAAAAGGAGGCCCUGGGGGAUCUGAAAGACAUGAUCUGGUCUCUUGCUGCAGAUAUUCGGGACAUGAAGCAGGAAGGUGAUUCUAGAAUCAAGGACCUUCAUAAGACGCUGAAUCAACUCCAAGACACAAUCCAGGAGACCCAGCAGAUGACCACUACGUUGGUCAACACGGUCACCCAGCUUCAGGUUACCCUCGAGAAAGUACACCAGGACAUUGCCUCUGACAAAAGAGGCACAGAGGAUGUAUGGUUGGGGAAAGGAAAAGCCGAGAUUUCAAUGGCUCGUGACACACCUAGACGAGCGCAUCCGCCGCAUCCGCCGCAUCCGCCCGCACUCAGUGUGAUGCCUCCGUACCAGAACUUUCGUUUCAACUCUUAUGAUCCUACACUAUUCACACCUAUAUCAACGCCAAUGUCCGCGCAGAAUCAUGACCCGUCGAAUCUUGGGGCACCUAUGACUUUUUUGCCAAAUACAAAAGCUGUGGUCAAGGUUGACCAUCCGGAAGGGAAAGCGCAUUAA